AUGAUUAGCUGUUAAUAAAAUUAUCAAAACAUCUCAUAAAAUUAAGAUGACAACAUUAAUAAUAAAAUAGAUAUCAUCAAUUAAUUAUUUAAUUAGAUGAAUUUAAAAAAAAAAGAGCAUAAUAAGGAAACAUUUCAUAACAGAAAUAUUACAUCUGAUUCUAUUGAAACACCAAUCUAUGAAGUUCCUGUCAAACCUUAAUAAUUAAAUAAAACAUCAUCUGAAUUUCAAUCUUAUUUAAGGAGAAAAUAAUAAGCUAAAACUCUUGAUAAAUUUUAUGAAUUUUAUAAUUAAGAGAAUCAAUUCUAAGAAGAAAAAGAUGAUGAUCUAUUAACAGAAGUUCGUCCAUUUGAUGAAUAAAAUAGAAUAAAAACUUUAAGAGAAUAUUCUUUUAAGCCUAAUUAACAUUAAAGUAAUAAAACUUUAAAAUUGAGCACUCUUUAAUCAUAACAAUAAUCAUGUAGUUUAUUAAGAAAUAAGACUGAAAAUAAUAUUGAUAUAAAUAGUCAUAAAAAUGAAUUAUGUAAGAAUGUAUCACAUAGAGAUAUGGAUAAGGCUUAAAAAAAUAAAUAAAUUAUAGAAUAAGCUUACGAAAACUUUGUUGAAAAGAAGCCUGCUAGUAAAUCUCCAGGAAUUAAACAGUAGUAAUAAUUGAAUCUAUUAAAAAAUAAUUUUAAGCAUAAAAUUAAUUAACUAUUAUCAUAAACUCCUGAGAAAAAGUUUAGAUUGCAAGCCACAAUAAAAAAAAAUUACUUUAUUAAUUGA